AUGGGGCUGGUGGGCACGGUAGCGGUGUGGGAUGGCGGUGCCGCCGCGCUGCCCCACGGCUUCUGGGCGGCCGUGCGCGUCUGGCUGGAGAAGCCGCAGGUGGCCAACAGGCGGCUGUGCGGCGCCGCCAUCGAGGCGGAGGGGAUGGUGCCGCUCGGGGAGGGCGGAGAAGCAUUUCCCCCUCUCGUCGCCGAGUGGGGAGGCGGGAACGGCGCGGGGCAGGAGGGGCGAGCGUCGCCCGGCGGGCUGGCGGAGCUGGGUCGGCUGUGGAGGGAGGUGCGCGGGCAGCUGUCGGUGGGGCAGGGGCAGCUGCUGCCGCCCCUCACGCCGUGGGGCGGCCCGGGUUGCCACUGCGAGCUCCGCGCUGUGCUGAGGACGCUGCUGCCCCGGGGGCGGCCGCUCGGCCCGCCCGCCCCGCCGACCAAGGAGCUGGCGGUGCAAGAUGUUUACAAUGGAACUGUGACCUUUCUGCCUUUGGAGGAAAACAGUGAAGGAAAAUACCAGAUUAAAAAGUGCAAUAUUUAUCAAAUUCAACUUACACACAUAAAAGAUGAAGAAUGGUCUGUGUCUGUUGUAGCUGCAUUUCCAGAAGACUGGUUUUCAGAUGGAAUUGCAUACCCCAAACUAGAAUGGCUUGGAAGUGAACUUUUAUCCAAACUGGCAAAAUGGUCUGUGGAGCAAAAGCCCAGUGAAUUUAAAAGUACACUCUCGCUCAUUUCAAUAGCAAAAUACAGCAAAGUUUAUCAAGACCUUAAAGAAAAAUACAAAGAGAUGGUAAAGGUAUGGCCUGAAGUGACAGAUCCUGAGAAAUUUGUUUAUGAAGAUGUUGCCAUUGCCACUUACUUGCUGAUUCUUUGGGAAGAAGAGAGAAAGGAAAAAGGAUUGAGCAAGAAACAGUCAUUUGUAGAUCUUGGAUGUGGAAAUGGUCUACUGGUUCAUAUUCUAAACAAUGAGGGGCAUUCAGGUAGAGGAAUUGAUGUGAGGAGAAGAAAAAUAUGGGACAUGUAUGGACCAGAAACUCAUUUAGAGGAAUCUACAAUCAUACCAGGUGACAGUCAUCUCUUUCCAGAUACUGACUGGCUCAUAGGAAACCAUUCAGAUGAAUUAACACCAUGGAUACCUGUAAUUGCAUCUAGGUCUUCCUAUUCAUGUUGCUACUUUGUGCUGCCAUGCUGCUUCUUUGAUUUCCAUGGAAAAUACAGCCGAAGACAAAGCAAGAAAACUCAGUACAGAGAAUAUCUCGAUUUUGUUGCCCAAGUGGGAUUUGUGUGUGGCUUUCAUGUGGAAGAAGAUUGCCUUAGAAUUCCAUCAACAAAAAGGGUUUGCCUUGUUGGAAAAAAUAGGACCUAUCCACCUACAGAUUGUGCUCUGAUUGACAAGCAGAUAACACAGUUUAUUGAUAAUCGUCAGACCUGUGCUGUGGUCACAUGUGACGGAAGAGUUGGAUUUAAUCACAAGGAUCGCACGGAUGGUGUCUGCAAAGAACUGCCUGAAAAUGUGACUGAGACUGCUGGUACAACUUGGAUGCCUGGAUUUCAACCCAGAGAAAAAGUAGAACAAAUCAGAAAUUGUGCUUCUCUUCCUCGGGAUUUUGUAGAUGAUGUUGUUCUCAGCGUGGCAAACUUGCUGUUAAAUGCAGCCCCUCAAAAAUCAUGUUCUAAUAUGCAUGGUGAAAAUACGGAUACCUGGAAUCAAGGAGAAAGCCUUUCCUUGAAAGAAGUAGCAGAACACUUAAAUAAAGAGACUUUAAAAAGGCUGAAAAGUGAAUAUGGAGGCCUGCAGACACUACUUAAGAACAAUCACCAAGUAUUUGAAGUUCUAAAUGGGAGAGUUCAUAUUCGUGACUGGAGAAAAGAGAAACCAUCAAGGAAAACUAAGCCUGAAGUGAAACGACGCCUUUCAGCUGAAGCAUUUAAAACACGUCUCUGUUGGUUUUUCAUUCAUCAUCCUGAUGGUUGUUCUCUGCCUUCUGAAUCUUGCCCAUAUGCUCAUGGGACUAAGGAGCUAAGACAGUCUCAGAUUAUUAAAAAGAAAAAGCAUUUACAGUAAUAAAAUGCUGCCACUUAACUUUAAGCUGGUAAACAUAAUUGGAUCUGUGAUUGACUUCAGGACUGCCUGGUGCAUGAAGAUCUGUACAGUAUGAAGGGUUUUUCCUCAUUCCUGUGCAUCUUAUUUUCCAGUUGGUUUACAAGUUCUCCUGUAAUUCUUUAAUAUUUUUAUUAACAUGGAAAAAGGUAUAGUAAAGUAUGUAUAUACUUUUGGAUUUUGCUAUGGCUUGUCUAACAUGCGUUUGUAUAAGUAGAAAAGUUUAAUAACUUUAUUUCUUGGGACACUCUUAAUGAUCCUUGAUCAAAUCUAAUGUACAUAAUGCAGCAUUUUCAAACCCUGAAAAUUAGCUGUUUUGUUCCUAGUUUUCCAGGAAGAUAUAGGAUUUCUUAUAACUCACAGUGGCUCUUGGGAGUCAGAAAUUUGAGAGAAUUCAGAGCAGGCUGCCCAGAGAGGUGGUGGAGUCUCCUCCUCUGGAGACGUUCAAAACCCACCUGGACACAUUCCUGUGCAAUCUGCUCUGGUGAACCUGCUUUAGCAGGUGGGAUGGACUAGAUGAUCUCCAGAGGUCCCUUCCAACCCCAACCACUCUGUGAUUCUGAGAUUUCACUCUUUCCUGACCUAACAGCUUCCUCUCCAUGUUGCUAUGGAGUAAUACUAUAUAUUACCUUUGCUUUCUUGGUCAGACCUGUUCCUUCUUUCCUUCCUUUUUUGUACUGAUUCAAAAUGAGUGUUGGUUUGAAGAGUAACUUUCUGGGAAAUUAUUGUGGAAGUCUUCACAUGUAGGUGUAAGUUUUUAGGGUUCUGUAGGCCAUGCUGUCCUCUUGCUCUUCAUUAAAGUAAGGGGUAGCAGUAGAAAAUGUAUUUAAUAAUAAAGGAAUGCUAGGGUUUCUGUUUAUCAGCUAACAAAGGAACGUCUUGGCACCUUGAACAGGUUAUGAUUUUCUUUGGUAGACUAUUAUUUUCUUUAAAGGUUUAACUUAGCAGAAAUGCCAAUUAUUACUCAGUGACAGUCAUUGAACUGGUGUCAUAAUUCAUAUCAGUCAGCUCUGAAGUACUUGUAAAGUUCAAUAUCUGCUGUACGAGCUCUGAGGCAAGGAAUCAUGUUGGCUCUGGCCUGGUUUGUGUACUGAUAGUGUGGAAACCCUGCUCUGAUUUUUUAGUUCUGAGCCACAUAAACUGCAGCUCCUAUGAAGCAGGGCAGCACAGUAAGGGAAUGCAGUUGAUAGUGUACUUUCUGUUGUAAGAAUCUCAGAAAUAUAUUUAGCUUAUUGAGGGGAAAAGAGUUGAGAAAAGUCAUGGAAUGUAACCAAGUGAUGACAUUGCUUCAGUUAGCCUUUAUUUGGCUAUGAGCAGGGUAAAAAGAGUUCCAUAAGAUGUUCAGUAACUGUGGUAAACAUAUUGAUAUGUUUGAGGAGGAGGAGCCCCCUGUAAAAUUAAUUUCAUGCUGUCUCCAGAUUGAAACUGUUUCCAGGUGGUGCAAAGAGCAAAACCAGACUUUCCAUUCUUUUCCAGUCAUUGGUAUCUUAUCUUAAUGAUUCAACUUGGGGUAGGAUGUGUGUUUGGCUUGAAACAGAUUAUUUCCUGAGUUAGAGUUCACCUUUGGAGACCCUCGGAAUUGUAGGCAGUCAGCGUUAAAAAGCUGGAAGAAGGUUGGAUGUAUUUUGGAUUUGCUUUUUUUUUUCCUUCCAGUAAACAGGGAAUGAAAUACCUGCUUGACUCAUUGAAGUCUCAAAUAGACAUGAUAACACCAGUGAAUUAGCUUUAAAACUACCUUUUUAUAUUAUUUGUGCAAUGUUAUGAUAACUAGCAUAACAUACUGUAUUACAGUGGUACACUGCCUCCUUUGCAUAGACUUCAUUUCUGAACUCGCCAGUGUGCAGAUCUGUCACAGAUGGAUGAUGGCUCUUCCCCUUCCUCUUUGGCAUCACUGUAGGUAGCAAGCCAGCCAGCAAUCUCCUGUAAUUACAGAAACUUCCCUGUUGUUUGGAGAAGUGGUAAGGGAACAUUUUUGCAUCCAAAUACCUUCCCAUUUAAAUGCAGAAUUAUAGAAGGCUGGCAACUGCUGAAGGCGUAAAAUAGAAUCAUUGCAUUGUUUUGGUUGGAAAAGAUCUUCAAGGUCAUAGAGUCCAACCGUUAACCUGGUACUGCCAAAUCGACCAGAAAACCAUGUCCCUAAGCACCACAUCUAUGUGUCUUUUAAAGACCUCCAGGGAUAGUGACUCCACCCCUUCCCUGGGCAGCCUGUUCCAAUGCCUGACAACCCUUUAACUGAAUAAAUUUUUCCUAAUAUCCAACCUAAAACUCCCCUGGUGCAACUUGGGGCUGUUUCCUAUCGUCCUAUCACAUGCUACUUGGUGGAAGAGACAACCCCCUCCGUGCUACAACCUCCUUUCAGGUAGUUGUAGACAGUGAUAAGGUCUCCCCUCAGCCUCCUUUUCUCCAGGCUGAACAGCCCCAGUUCCCUCAGCUGCUCCUCAUCACACUUGUGCUCCAGGCCCCUCACCAGCUUCAUUGCCCUUCUCUGCACUCUCUCCAACACUUCAAUGUCUUUCUUAUGAUGAGGGGCCCAAAACUGAACACAGGAUUCAAGGUGCAGUGUCACCACCAUCAAGUAACAGAGGCACAAUCGCUUCCCUAGUCUUGCUGGCCACACUAUUCCUGAUACAAGCCAGGAUUCUGUUGGCGUUUUUGGCCACCUGGGCACACUGCUGGCUCAUGUUCAGCCUGCUGUCAAUCAACACCCCCAGAUCCCUCUCUUUGAGACACUUUCCAGCCACUCUUCCCUGAGCCUGUAGUGCGUGACCCACGUGCAGGACCUGGCACUUGGCCUUGUUGAACCUCAUACAAUUGGUCACAGCCCAAUGAUCCAGCUGGUCCAGCUGCCUCUGUAUGGCCAUCCAACUCUCCAGCAGAUGAACACUCCCACCCAAUUUGGUAUCAUCUGCAAACUUACUGAGGGUCUACUCUGUCCCCUUGUUCAGAUUGUGGAUAAAGAUAUUAGACAGAACUGGCCCAAACACUGAGCCCUGGGAUCUACUUUAUCUAAAUAGCUCUACAUUAUCCAAAUUCUGUAUGUUGUUGAUUUCUCUGUGAUACACAGUCUUAAUAUAGCAUUAAUACAAUAUUCAGCUUUGGCAAUGGAUGAAACACUAUACAGAGUAAGAAUCAGUUUUGCUCUUGAUGGAAAAGCUCUUGCUCCACAGUGGAUUCCAGCAUAAAGUCUCAGUUGUUCAGGUAACACUGUCAUUUUACUCCUUAGUUUAUUAACAUCACUACCCAUCAGUUAAUUUGGCUUUAUUUGAAGCCAGUUUUAUAGAAGGAAAACACUUGUUGUCAUAGAUGCCUUACAAGAGUGAGAAUAUAAAGAGAAGAUAGAUAUCAGAUUGUGAUCAGAAAUGCUGACAUCUAGAGAUUUUGUAUUUCCAUCUGUAGAUGAGCUACUGUUUCAUUGAUUUUAUAAAAAUAUUCUAAAUUAAAUAAGAACAGAAAAAUCUGUGUUUACAUUCUCCCUUAUAAACUUCAGUAAAAGACUAAAUUUUAGUUUUUCACCAGAUCCUUAAAACUGAAAAAAAAUCACAGGACAGUAUUUUCACUCAUGGAGUAUCUAUAUAUAGCUUCACAACAGUCUAUUUUCCGCUACAUUUCAAUCCAGGAAGAUUUUCUGUGUAUGUAUCAUUUGAAUUGUCUGUUUAUAAUACUGCUGUUACUAUUUUAUGUUGUAAAUUAUUAACUAGAUUUAGAGCAAUUCCUAGAGGAAGCCUUCCAGCUUGUCUGGCAACACAUACAGGCCUAUAGAUUUGCUUAUAAUAAAAUUAAGCAGCUUCUUUGGGGCUUGGGGGCUUGUUUGUCCAGAUUAAAAGUUUUAAAUGAUAAUUAACUCUU